AUGGCAUUGUUGGAGGUACUGAAGUACGGCUCCAAAUUACUUGACGAUGAUCUCGUCAAAUUCAAAAAGCGAGGAGCAAAAGCUGCGCCCCGCAAAGUCGCGCCGCCACCUCCCAACUCAGAUUCAGAUUUCUCGUCCGGGUCAGAGGCUGAAGGCGAAGAUGGGCGCGUAGUGAAGCGGCGAAAGGUCAACAGCAACGCGCUCAAAGCAUCGACAACAGAUCAGCAAAUCAAGCCAGAAGUAGAGGGCACGACCCAAUACGCCGCGAAUCGCUCGGCAGUAAUAGAAGCAAGCAAUGAUGCGACCAAGCAAUCCAACUGGUACGAAGAGGAUGCCGAUGAAGCUCUCAGCUCCAAGAAUCUGCUCGGUACCACGCGAACCAAACCCACGACGUUCAUCGAGAAGAAUCCCGACGCCCCAAAUCGCCAAGUAGGGCCCAUGAAAGCAUCAACGAAUAUACGCACAAUCACCGUGACAGAUUACACCCCAGAUGUAUGCAAGGACUACAAGCAGACAGGCUUCUGUGGUUUCGGCGACAACUGCAAGUUCCUCCACGCCCGUGAGGACUAUGCGGCCGGCUGGAAGCUGGAUCGCGAGUGGGAAAUGUCCACCAAGGGCAAAAAGCCAGGAGGUACCGUUGUCGCCUCUGCGAACAAGGAUAACAAAGAAAAGGAUGAAGAUGGCAUUGAUUUUGCGCUUCUGGAGAAGAUACCAUUUGCCUGCCUCAUUUGCAAGAAGCCGUACAAGACCCCCAUCAUAACCAAGUGUGGCCACUACUUUUGCGAGGCGUGCGCUUUGAAGAGAUACCGAAAGGAUCCUACAUGUGCGGCAUGUAAUGCAAAGACAUAUGGUGUUUUCAACGGCGCGAAAAACCUGCAAAAACUUCUGGAAAAAAAGCAGAAAUGGGAGGACAAGAAGAAGGCAGAGGAGGAAGAGAAGGCAAAAGAAGAAGAGAGCGGCGACUGA